CAGAAGAGGAAUGGGGGAACUCCAAGCAUUUGAAGUUUACGCUGUCCAUAACCAGAUCUCGUACAUUGCGGGAGGUGCCUUCAGGAGCAUGGGUAAUCUGGAAGUGUUAGAGUUAGCUGGCAAUGAGAUAUCCUGGACUAUUGACAUGAAUGCAGCAUUUGAAGUGUUGACCAGUUUACUGCGGUUAGAUCUAAACAAUAAUCACAUCAAGUCCAUCUCUACCACCUCCUUUAGCGGCCUGGUACAGCUGCGCCAUCUACAGUUGGUUAACAACAACAUCACCUCCAUACAGGAAGAUGCAUUUGCUGAUCUCGUGAGCUUGGAACAGAUUAAAUUCAACACCAGCACACUCCUGUGCGACUGCCAGCUAAAAUGGCUGCCAAUAUGGCUGCAGCAGAAGCAGUUAGAGGCGAUGGUCAGUGCUCGAUGUGGUCAUCCAAGAACACUGCAGGGCUCCAGUAUACUGGACGUGAGCCAGGAGGACUUUACUUGUACUGACUUUCCAAAGCCAGUGAUGGUGACUGAGCCAACAGCAGUCAUUGCACUGAAAGGCAACAACAUGAGCUUGUCUUGUGCUGUACAGAGCAGCAGUGACUCUCCCAUGAAGGCAGAGUGGAGGAAGAAUAGUGUGCCAAUGCAUAAUGCAAAUGUAGAGAACUUUGCAUCGCUGAGGAACGACAACGUGAACAAGUUGACAUCCAUCCUCCACUUGACGCAUGUCCAGGAUGUGGACUCGGGCAGCUACCAGUGCAUUGUUACCAACCAGUUUGGAUCUGUCUUCUCCAAGAAGGCCAGAGUUAAUGUAUAUGUCUAUCCGGUGUUCACAAAGACCCCCCUCGAUGUGUCUGUUAAGGCGGGAAAAACAGCCAGACUGGAGUGUGCAGCACACGGAGAGCCACAACCAGAGGUGUUCUGGCAGAAAGAUGGGGGUGAGGACUUCCCUGCUGCACGUGAACGGCGCAUGAUGUUUGCUAGAGAGGACGACGUGUUCUUUAUCUUAAAAGUGAGCAGUUUGGACCAAGGGUUGUACAGUUGCAUGGCCAGGAAUGGAGCCGGAACUAUCAUCGCUAAUGCCACGCUGACAGUGUUUGAAAAUCCGUCUUUUGUCAAACCAAUGGAGGACAAGCAGACUAAGGUUGGGGAGACCACUGUCCUGGAAUGCCUGGCUGCAGGGAGUCCCAAACCCAAACUGACCUGGCUCAAGAACGAUAAACCGCUGGGGGUGACGGAACGCCAUUUCUUUACAGCCAACGACCAGUUACUGGUCAUUGUCCAGACACGGCCAGAGGAUGCCGGGAGGUAUACCUGUGAGAUGUCCAACACUCUGGGGAUGGAGAGAGGGACGUCCCAGCUGACUGUUAUCAAUUUGGAGUCCCCCUCACGUGGAAACAAUGGCGGUGGAUUGGAUGACGAGUCCACAACGACAGGGAUUAUAAUAAUAGCUGUAGUGUGCUGCGUGGUGGGAACGUCCUUGGUCUGGGUGAUCAUUAUUUAUCAGACCAGGAAGAGGAGUGACACAUACAGCAGUACACCUACAGAUGAGACAACUUUACCUGGUGACUUGACACCAUAUAAUCCAUCAGAUGAGGAACGGGAAAGCUCAAAGUCAGACCAGUUCCUGGAGUAUCAGGGACAUGUGUUACCCAUGUUCCAGUCACACCCCCGGGGAAAAACAGCCAGACUGGAGUGUGCAGCACACGGAGAGCCACAACCAGAGGUGUUCUGGCAGAAAGAUGGGGGUGAGGACUUCCCUGCUGCACGUGAACGGCGCAUGAUGUUUGCUAGAGAGGACGACGUGUUCUUUAUCUUGAAAGUGAGCAGUUUGGACCAAGGGUUGUACAGUUGCAUGGCCAGGAAUGGAGCCGGAACUAUCAUCGCUAAUGCCACGCUGACAGUGUUUGAAAAUCCGUCUUUUGUCAAACCAAUGGAGGACAAGCAGACUAAGGUUGGGGAGACCACUGUCCUGGAAUGCCUGGCUGCAGGGAGUCCCAAACCCAAACUGACCUGGCUCAAGAACGAUAAACCGCUGGGGGUGACGGAACGCCAUUUCUUUACAGCCAACGACCAGUUACUGGUCAUUGUCCAGACACGGCCAGAGGAUGCCGGGAGGUAUACGUGUGAGAUGUCCAACACUCUGGGGAUGGAGAGAGGGACGUCCCAGCUGACUGUUAUCAAUUUGGAGUCCCCCUCACGUGGAAACAAUGGCGGUGGAUUGGAUGACGAGUCCACAACGACAGGGAUUAUAAUAAUAGCUGUGGUGUGCUGCGUGGUGGGAACGUCCUUGGUCUGGGUGAUCAUUAUUUAUCAGACCAGGAAGAGGAGUGACACAUACAGCAGUACACCUACAGAUGAGACAACUUUACCUGGUGACUUGACACCAUAUAAUCCAUCAGAUGAGGAACGGGAAAGCUCAAAGUCAGACCAGUUCCUGGAGUAUCAGGGACAUGUGUUACCCAUGUUCCAGUCACACCCCCGGUACGCCAAGGCGGAGUGUGGGCGCACGGCAGCCAUCUUUCCAAGUGAUGUGGAGGAUGACGAUCUAAAACAGUCAGUGCCGCUGACUUGUGAUGAACACCAGCCGGCUGCAGAGUCAGAGCACAGUAUCAACAGUUUAUCUCUGCCAAGCAGUGCGUCAGACAGUAGCUCUCCCAGCACACGGAGCACCAGCAGCACUGGACUGAACUCUCUGCAAACUUUUAACCCUCAUCCUAAACUAGCCAAUCACAAUGGGGUCCGAGACAGGUCACCAAGCCCAGUGGCCAUGAUUCAUCAGCCACCGCAGUGGUUUAACGCCAGCUCCCUGCCUCACACCAGAUCAACAGCAGAUAGUUAUCACUGCUCCAAGUCACCCACAGACAAUCCAGAGCCCCCUGCCCCCCACACUGCCUCCUUGCCACAGUACUCAUGUGUCCCUGGACAUAAUUCUCACACCACAUCUCACACAUUGCCAAUACCAUAUGAAGAUCUGUAUCCAGACUCUGAGGUUCAUCCCAAUCAUCACUCAUCCAGUGCCAGUUCUCCAAAGUCACCAAGUCACCAUACCAGUAGUAAUAGUAGUAGUCAUCCUCAGCUCAGCCAUCUCAGCUCACAUCAUAAUAUAGACUCUGGGGACAUCCCCAGUGAAAACAAUCACAAUCACAGACACUUUGAUAGUGCUGAACGCCGCCAUCGCGGAAGACAAGCGCCUCCUAUAGGGGGCAGGUCACAACACAGACAACAUGGCGGAAGGACUUUAAGUUCUCCAUCUCAACAACACCAUAGACACUUGUAUGUGAAUCCAAUGGAUGAAACGUUAGAAACAGCAGGGAGCAUUCCAGAGGUUGGUUUGAAAUCACCUUCUUCAAAACAAAAGGUGGCGCUGCCUCACAGGACAGGAGAUGACAGAGUUUAGCAAACAGAGUUGUGUAUGUUAAGUUCUGGAGAGGAAUGCACAGUGGAAAGAUGACUGGAUUUAUUCUUUUGAGAAAUAAGUUCACAAUGUGAUCACAGCUAUGGCAGCCAUGCUGCUUAACUGUUCACUUAACAUUAUGCAAAUCAAGAAACCCAUUUCUUUGCCAAAUCUCACAAUUGUAUAGUUAUUAUUAUAUCUUACUACUUAUUAAAGUGAAUUGGUUGUUUUUCUCUUUUUUUUAUACCCAUACAAAGUAAGGGUAAGUGGUAUUACUGUAGUGCAUUUCUGUUUCAUGUGUUCUUUCUUCACACUUUGUGUGUGUAAGUGUAUAGUGAUGAAUUAACUUGACAAGGUUAUGUAAAUAUUGUACAGGUAUUCCUUGUAUAUUAUGUACAGUGUAUGAAUCAUGCAAUAUAAUUUUUUGUUGGUGGGAGCUAAAUUUGAUCUUCUAAAAGAUACUAUAUAAGGAUGUAUGGUGGAUGUGGCAUUUCUAUGAAGUAGGUCAAAAAUUACCUUAGUUGUAUUGUUUCAUAUCAUGAUAUGUUGCAUCACAAAAUCCUAAGACACCAAUAUUUUGAUUUGGCUUUGGGGGAUAAAAGUUGGCAUUGUUUAGCCAAUUGUAUAGCAUAAUACUUUAUCUGGUACAACUUGUUGAAUACUUGUUAUUUAUGUUAUGACCAAGGUUACAAGAUCUAGACAUUUCUUUAAUUUCCCUAUUAAUCACUACAAUCUAUGACAUGUAAUAGAUUUGUCUACCAUCUAAUGUGUGCGUGCGUGUUUGUGUGUGUGCGUGUGUUUGUAUGGCACAUGAUUGCUCAUAUUAAACCAGUCAAACCAAAGUAUUGCUCAAAGAUUCAAGAAUCCAUAACUUCCUAAAGUUGAUGCAGUUUUUCUUGUUUCGUAGAAAGCAAAUUUAUAGCUGGGAUGUCUCGAACUGAAAAUAGUUAUAUGGGAAACACUAAUCCUCAGAGAAUCUAAUCUCAUGGCGUGAGAAGUGUUUUACUUCUUAUCUCUUAAUAUACCACAUCCUGCAAAGUGGAGAAGUAAAUUGGGAAGUAAUUUUUUUUUAGAAACAGACCUAGUCAUAUUUGACAUAAACUGCACUGACAUUUGAUUGAGUUUUUGAGCCAUCUCUUGUUCCCAAUAUUUGUAUCCUAAUUAAGAAACAGUUCACAAACCAAGAUCAGAGCUACCUCAGCCAUUGUAGAACAAAUAAAAAAGUGAAUUUGAGAAAUA